AUGCCUCAUGGUUGCCCGUGGAUGGUACCACUAUUUAGAUGGGCCUUAUUGUCUGGUUGUGUGGCCAGACCGCUGAGUUCCGAUACCAAAAUGUCCGAGGUUGUCACACAAAACAUGACAGAAGAAAAUUUAACUUGCUACACUUGCGUAAACGUGUCAGACAAUUUGACAUGCAACCAAUAUGCCAUUGACAAACCAUGUGCUCGAGAUCUAGACUACUGUCAGACGUUACACAUAAUGGAUUCAACUGGAUCUAGUGUUAUUGUGAACAAAAAAUGUGCCAACCGAACAGAAUGUCAUCCGUCCACUGUCGGUUGUCUAAGCAUUGACAGACAGACUGUGUGCGUAUCCUGCUGCGAUGACAUGUACUGCAACAUGACAGUGCCCACAAACCAAACGAAUGCAGUGGUAACAGUCACACGGAAACAUCACAUGAAUCCUACCAAAGGGCCGAAAACUAAGUCCGCUGGUGACAUACCAUGCACUCAACUGACGGUUGCAUCAUAUUUAUUAUUGUUUCUUAUGUUAUUGACCACAAUUUUGCAAUGCUAG